AUGCCUCAACCAACUAUUGAGAACAUCGGAAGUUACGAUGACCUCCGUGAACUUCAUCUUCUUCACUACAUCUACUCUCUUCCAAACCUCUCCUCCUUACGCAACAACCCAGCCGCCAUCAUACGCGAAAUCGACACCUUCUCUGAAAAGACAGGCAAGAUACUUAUGACUGUUGGCCCUGAAAAGGGUGCCUUUCUCACUAAUAUCAUUGCUGCCCGUAAGCCAUCCACAGUCAUCGAAUUGGGUGGAUUCGUUGGCUACUCCGCCAUUCUUUUGGGUGAUGCCUUGAGAGCGAACGGUGGGAAACGGUAUUUAAGUCUUGAGAUCAAUCCUGUGAAUGCUGCUGUUGCAAAUUUAUUGAUUGAGUUGGCUGGGUUGAGGGAUGUUGUGACUAUUCAUGUUGCUCCGAGCCAUAAGACUCUUGCCGAGUUUGUCAACGAUAAUGUUAUUGACUAUAUUGAGGUGAUGUUGGUUGAUCACUGGAAGGAUCGGUACCUACCUGAUCUGUGGCUUAUGGAGAAUUUGGGCCUGUUCAAGGCUGGUGUUACGGUCCUGGCUGCUGAUAAUUGUCUGAUGCCUGGUGCGCCGGACUUUUUGGAGUGGGUGAGAGCUAGCAAAGAGAAGAAAGGGGCGCUGUUGAAGACAAAGUAUGGAUUUUCUGAGGAUGGAAGGUAUGUGAAGGGGGAAGAACUAGUAAAGGCGAUCAAGGACGGAAAGGAGGACGUGGAGUUGGAGAAUGUUCCUGGAGAUCCGAAUUGGGUUUAUGAGACUGAAAUGACAGAGUUUGACUCGAAUGGAAGACAUGAUGGAAUUGAGGUGGUCAAGGUGGUUGGUAAGCAGUGAUUCGAAGCAUGAUGGAGAUAUUGCGAUCUAUUCGUAUCGAGAUAGUCGACAAGUCACAGCAUAAAUUUAAACCCUUUCUUUAGUUCUACCCUUU